UGUUCAAUCUAGAGCGCGCCAUUGCGCCAUUGGCCCCCUAAAAUGACUGCCGGCGCAAAACAAAUUUAACUGUGGGCCCGACGGGCGCAUUCGCUUAGAAAAUACCAUUACGGUAUUUAAGGUACUUUCUGUUUAUUUUUACGCUUUGCGCUCAUUAUUCACGCACCUGUUGACUGUGCUAGUAUUGAUUUUUUCAAGAGUGGUAAAUAUAUGCCCGCGCAUCGUAAACCAGUCGGUUGCUAUAGCGUUAUAUCAGCAGCUCAGUUCUAAAUUUAGCGCACACGAUGAAAAGAAUUUCCGACUUCUUUUUACCGAAUUCAAAUGCAAAAAAAUCGAAGUCGCCCGAUAAAGAGCCGACGAAAGAUGUUGAUAGUGUUCCAUGUACAUCCCAGUCCGACCCCGGCCCUUCUGAAUCGUCUAAAAGGCGUGAAUUUCAAGCAAAAUGGCUCAAAGAUGACCGUUUUAAAAAUUGGCUUAUUUUUGAUGACGAUAAAAAAUGUAUGCAAUGUUCGUUAUGCAUCAAAAUGAGGAAAAAAAAUCCGUUUGUUACAGGUUGUGUUAACUAUAGAACUUCAACUCUUGAGCGACACAUGUCUUCUUCUGACCAUCAGAAUGCCCUUAUUGACCAACAUGGUCAGUCAGUUUUUCAAGCAUCUUUUAAGUCUGCAUUUGACAAAAAGAAAAGCUCCAUUAUUAGUGCUUUGCGUACAGUUUACUGGAUGUGUAAAGAAAAAAUUGCAACAUUGAAGUACAGUUCUCUUUUAAGCCUUCUUAAACUACAAGGUUGCCCAGAUAUUUUGACUUUGCAUUCUGGAGAUAAUGCCACCUAUGAGUCCGAGAGGGCUGCUGAAGAAUUUCAAGAUGCUUUAAAUCAUGUUAUAGAAAAUGAUAUGAAACAGAAACUAGCUUCAGCCCGCGCCAUUUCUCUAAUGUGUGAUGAGAGUGAUGAUGUUUCAGUUCAAAAAAAGUUGGUCAUAUUUGCUAGGUUUAUUCCUGAAUGCACUGACUUUCAGCCUGAAACUCAUUUUAUUGAGAAUGUUACUAUUGAUAAGGGUGAUGCUGAAACUGUGUACCAAUCAUUGAAAUCUGUGGUAAGUGAAAAGGGUGUGGAUGUCAGUAAUGUAAUGUUUUUUGGCUCAGAUGGAGCGGCAGUUAUGACUGGUAAAAUGUCUGGUGUUAGUGCUAGGCUUUCAAGUGAUCAGCCACUUAUUGUUAACAUUCACUGUAUGGCACACAAGCUAGCUUUAUGCACAAGUCAAGCAGCAGAGAGUAUUCCAUAUCUAAAAAAGUACAAGGAAAUUUUGACAAAUAUUUUCUACCAUUUUAAACAUUCCUCACUGAGAACUGCAAAUCUGUCUAAAAUUGAAAGUGUUUUGAAUGACAAACAAUUAAAAAUCAAGGAAAUUCACAGUGUACGCUGGUUUGCAUUUUAUUCAGCCCUUGAGGCAAUAUUUCACACAUGGGGUUCCUUAGUUACUUAUUUUGAGCAAGAAAAGCAAGCUGAGAAAGGUGGAACUGCAAAAGGGAUUCAUUCUCAGCUAACCCAGUUUGAAUUUGUGGGUGUAACUUACCUUUUAAUGGACAUAAUGCCAAUACUUACCAAACUGAGUCUCAGCUUUCAGAAACAAGACAUUGAUAUUUCUUUAGUACAACCACUUAUUCAGUCAACAAUUUCACAGCUUGAACACUUAAAGCAGAAUAAUGGUCACUACAUGCAACUGUUUAACACAGCAUUGACUGAGAAUGGACUUGACUUGAGAGAUCACAGCAUCUCAGCAAGUAAAAACAAGCAAACACAUUUGAGUAACAUAAGAAGUGACUUUAUUCAAAAAAUAGUUGCUCAACUGAAUGUUAGAUUUCCACAGGAAGAUACAUCAGUUAUAAGUGCUCUGGCAGUCCUUGGUUUGAGAGGUAUAUCUUUUGUGCAGAAUAUUCCUGACCAUGGAAAGGAUGAAAUUAAUAAACUCUGUGAUUUCUAUGGUUCAAGUAAUAAUGACACAGACAGUGAAUCUUACAUUGAUAGUAACCAAUUAAGGAUUGAGUGGGAAAUUUUAAAACCUCUUGUAAUUCAACAAAGGUAUCCAACUGACAAUAUAUAUAAUUUGUGGAAAUUGAUUUUUAUGUAUCACAAGGAGAUGUUUCCAAAUCUUUUAAAACUUGCUGAGCUUGCUCUUAUUGCACCCUUACAAACUGCUGACUGUGAAAGGGGUUUUUCUACCCAGAAUGAUAUUAAAUCAUCAGACAGAAAUAGAUUGUCAUCUAACAGACUGAAUAAAUUAAUGAGGAUAUCUUUGCACAAAGUUGACAUAGCUGAUUUUGAUUUUGAUAAAGCUGUAGAUGCAUGGCUAUCAGUGAAAAAUAGGAGAGCUUUCUUCAGUACAAGUACCUAACUGAAAAACUUUUUUCCAAAGAAAAUGUCCUUGCUUGUUAUGACAUUCACUUAUUCAUAGUUUAGUUUACACAGUUUAUUAUUAUGUAAAGUUUGAACUGUUAACAUUUUAUGCAGAUUAGUUAGAGUGAAAUUUGAAAUUAAUGAACUGACUGUUUAAAGAAUACCUGAUAUUAUACAUGUACAGUAUGUAUGAGUAAUUAAAAGAGUUGUCACUGUUAUUUUAUAUUUUUACCUUAUGUAUAUCUGCAUAAACAAUCCACCUAGAAAAGCAAAGGUAAUACUUCUUUUGAAUUUGAUGGUCAUUUUAAGUAUGGGCCCCCAGUUUUCUCAAAUGACCCCCUCUUGAUAAGUUUAUGGGCCCAAAGGGCCCCCUUGGAAUUCAUUCUAGAUUGAACAC